AUGAAGCUACAACAAUAUAUCAACUCAUUCUCUGAACCUCUAAGGGUGGAAGAUCCGAGUCCCCUAUUACGAUUAUUAUCAGUGACGAACAAGACUGCUCGUGGUUUACAUGAUACUGUCGGUUCUGAAGCUGAACGUCGUCUUCCCAAUCCAGGUCAUUCCUUACCUGAACCAUGGGAUGCGAUAGCUCUACGACAUUGCGCUUGCGUUCAUGCGUUAUAUUCGAAUGACUUUGUCAAAGCAUACUCUCAUCAAUCUCAACUUCUGAGUCUGUUUUACCGAUGGUUCCAAGAACGUUCUUCUUGGGCUUUACCUGUCUUAUAUCUUUUAUUGAAAGAUUUGCGGGAUCUGGCGGAGCAGGCUGAUUCGAUCACUUAUUCUCAAACUGGGAGAACGCCGGCUUUGGAGGAAUGUACGAGGACAGUUAGCAAGGCGUUCUCGAUAUGUGCAACUGAUCGAGCGUUUAAAGGACCAGAAUCCAGGAGGACUGGAGUAUAUCAUGUUGCUUGUUUGUCUCUCAAAUGUUAUUUCAAAGUCGGUAAACCUAAUCUUUGUAAAAAUAUCAUUCGCGCCGUCACCUCAGAUCCCAAAACUCCACCUAUUGACGAAGCCCCAUUAGAAGACCAAAUCACAUGGCACUUCUACAUCGGCAUGCUUGCCUUUUUAAAUGGGGAAGAUAAAAAGGCAGAUGAAGAAUUAAAUUGGGCUUUGUUACAUUGUCCUUCCGAAGCCAGACGUAAUCAAGAACUCAUACUCACCUACCUUAUCCCACUUCAUCUUCUUCGAGGAUCUUUUCCUUCACCACAACUCCUUGAUGAACAUCCCAGAUUAUCCGAGGUGUAUUCACCUUUCGUAGCCGCUAUCAAAUCUGGUAAUGUCAAAGAAUAUGAUGAACGGCUGGAAUGGGCUCAACCGAGGUUGGUCAGUCUGAGUACUUAUUUGGUUGUGGAGAGAGCGAGGGAAGGUUGUUUGAGGGUAUUGUUCAAGAAAGCAUGGAUAGCUAGUGAUAAAUCUUCCCGAAUACCAAUAUCCACUUUUCAAAUGGCACUGCAACUACAUAACAUUCUCGUCGAUUCGGACGAAGUGGAGUGUAUGGUGGCUAAUAUGAUCUAUCGAGGAUUCAUGAAAGGUUACAUUUCACACGAGAAACAAAUGGUCGUUUUGGCAAAAACGAAUCCUUUUCCUAAUCUGCAUGCGAUAGCAAGAUGA